AUGUCCACUAACUCCUUCUUCACCGCGCUCGCCGCCUCCCAAUCCAAGGAGAAGUUCACCCCGGCCGUGCAGUCCGCCGCGGCAAAGGUCAACGCCGAUGCCCUCAAGGCCGCCGUCGACGCUAUCCUCGCUGGUGGCGAUGACGCUUCCGUCUCCGAUGCCGACCAAGCCGCUGCUCUGAAGGCGGGCUUUGAGUACGCGACGGAGCUCGUUAAGAUGCUUGUUAAUGAGCCGGGGACUGAUGACAAGUUAAAGCUGUACGCUUACUUCAAGCGCUCGAGGGAUGAGGAGCCUGCCCAGCCUUCGUUUUACCAGUUUGAGAGCAAGUUCAAGUACAACGCCUGGAAGGAAAUCAGCCAUAUCAGCCAGCAGCGUGCCCAGGCCCUCUACAUCCAGCAGGUCAGCACUGCCAUCGACACCAUCGGUACCCAGUAG